ACUAAGUUUUCAAGAGAAAUGUUAAAAAGCAACAAUUACAUAUACGGCGGCGAUGAUGGCGUUGUACCAUCACAUAUACAUUUUGGAACAUUUAUGUUAUUUCGUGCAAAACAUUAUGAUACAAAGAUCGCUAUGAUUGACGCGGACACAGAUAAACGAAUGACGUUUAACGAAUUUGCGCAAUUAUCUGUCAACAUUGCUCUAUCGUUGAAAAAGCUGGGAGUUGGUGUCGGCGAUGUGGUCUGUGUCUGUAGUGAGAAGCGGAUGGAGUUUAUGCCUACAAUAGUCGGGGUUUGCUGUACUGGAGCCAGUUUUGCUGCAGGAGACAAUAGCGUUAAGAAUGAUGCAUUUCUCUACCGCUUGAAAAUCUUGAAGCCAAAAGUUUUGUUCAUAUCCCAAGCGUCGUAUGAAAUACAUAAACAUACUUUGUCUACAAUGAACACAGAACAUAUAGUUAUAUACGGUAAGGGACCGGAGAAGACUUUCGAAGAGUUCCUCAGUGAAAGUGCUGAUGUAGAGGAAUUUGAAGCCACACCUGUAAAGGGAACGAAGGACAUCGCUGUAAUACAAUUUUCGUCGGGCACCACAGGACUUCCAAAGGCUGCGAAAUUGACACACUUUAACUUUAUACACGCUAUAACUCAGAGUGAAAGAAAGUACCAGGGUUUUGAUGUUAACAAUAAAUACGCGGGGUCAAUGUCGCUGGCCACGCGUGAGUGGUACUACACAUAUGGUCUGUUUCAUACAAUAAUUACGUUGUCAGUUGGCUCUUGCGUCGUGUUCACGAGGGAAUAUAUUGUUGAAGAUUUUCUUCGUGCUAUUCAACAGUAUAAGAUAAAGUAUCUGCAAAUCGUCCCAAAUAGUUUGAUGGACAUAAAAAAUUGUGUGAAUUGUCACAAAUAUGAUUUAUCAUCUGUGGAGCAUAUUUACAGUGCCAGCUUACCCAUUGGUAAAGAUUUGAUUAGUGGUGUCAAUAUCAACUUUCCCAACGUCAAAGAGAUAAAACAAAGCUAUGGAAUGACAGAGUCAGGUUGUGUUAUACACGAGGAAAUCCCAAAUGGGGACAAAUUGGGGACUGUUGGAACGGCCUGCGUAGGGACAGUUAUAAAGGUGGUUGAUAUAAAAACAGAUGAAGCGCUUGGGCCGAAUCGUCGCGGAGAGAUACGAUUCAAAUCUUUGUCUUUGAUGGCUGGUUAUGUUGGUGAAUUAGAUCGUGAUUAUUUGGAUGAAGAGGGGUUUUAUAAAACUGGUGACGUCGGGUAUUAUGAUGAAGACAAAUAUUUUUAUAUCGUGGAUAGAUUAAAGCAUUUGCUGAAGUACAAAGGAGCGACGAUUUCACCAGCUGAAGUAGAGAUGGCGCUUAUCAAGCAUCCGGGUUUGAAAGACGUUGGCGUUACGUCACAUCCGUUUAGCGAAGCGCCUGUUGUAUUCGCAGUGAUUCAACCCGGCUGUGACGUCACAUUGCAAGAAAUUAAUGAUAUUCUUCACGUUGAGAUACCAUCAGCUAGUUUAUCAGAAAUUAGAUUUGUCGAGGCGAUACCUCGCGGUGUUGGAACGAAAAUUGACAGACACGCGUUGAAAAACAUGUUAAAAUAGGUUUUAUAUACCAUAAAUGUUUUAUGUAAUUAUAACGUUACUUAAGAGUGUGACUUAUAUCAAUUACAAUCUAGCUAAU